CUUCACCAAAUUGCAUAAAUAAGACAUAACCAAUAAACGAUGACAAAUGACAGCUGAGUUAUUAAUUCUUACUAAGUGUAUGUACUUAUAUAUUUAUUAAAUAAUAGUCAUUAUUUAUUAAAAAUAAAUGAAAAAGAAACAUUAAUUAAAUAUUAUAAUAAUGGCCAAUUCAAUUGAUAGCUCACAGUUGUGUAAAAAUUAUGAAUUUAAUUAUGACGAAGUUACGAUGUUGAGAAAAAAAUUACAAUUAAAAUCUGAGGCACUUAUGCUAUUAAGUCAAGAGUUAGAUCAAUGUAGGAUACAACGUGAUCAAUUUAAAUUGAUGGCUGAGCAGAUCCAAGAACGUUUCUGGCAUUUUAGAAAACAAGCUAGUGUUACCAGGGAUCUUCAAAAAUAUGACAUGGACGAGGAUUUUCGUACGAUGGAUCUUUUGGCAGAAAUACGGGAACAAAAUAAAUGUUUAAGAUUACAAGUAGAAACUUUACGACAAAAAUUAAGAGACGCUCAAGGAGAUAUUAAAGUUUUAAGGACAAGUAGUAAUCAUUCACAUUCAGAGCCAAGUAGUUCACAAUUAGCUCCUGCUGUUCAUGAAAAAGAAGAGAUGAUUGAGCAGCUUGAAAAAUUAAAUGUUAAAUGUACACAAUUGAAAAAUGAUUUUAAAAAUUUGCUUGACGAAAAACAUGAAUUGGAGACAGAACGAGAUGCAUUUAAAUGUAAAUCACAUAGAUUGAAUUAUGAAUUGUCUAAAGCUUUAAAAGCUUCACAGCCUUUAGACGUAGAUAGUUUAAUUAAUGAAAAUAGAUAUUUACAAGAAAGAUUGCAACAAUUGUUAGCAGAAAAAGACCUUACCCGUCAAUCUCUUUUAAAGUACAAGGGAAUGCUUGAUAAUAAAAGAGUAAAAGGUGCUUUAAAAUUAGGUGGUAAUGGGACUAUCGGUACAAUUAUGACCCAUAAACAAGUUGAACAAUUAUUGCAACAAGGUAUUAAUAUACCACCGCAAAAAUCCGCUGCUGCCUUAUCAGAUUUACGUAGCUUGUGUUCAGCACUAUUGGAAGCUUUGAAUGAUAAAACACUGGCACUCGUUCAUCAAAAAAAAGCUAACAAAAUUUUAGCAGCAAGAAUAUGUGAACUAGAUAGUGCUUAUCCAUCACCUACAUCAAAACUAUUAGAAGGAUAUGUAAGUGCAAAUGUUGAUAAUCUUGAAGAGAUAGAAGAGAUUUCAGAUUAUAAUGAUAAAGAUUUAUUAAAUAAUAUUGAUAAAGAAGAUAAUAGUUGGCAAAUAAAUAGUGAUGUAUCUUGUGAUGAAUCAUCAUCAUCUCAUGCAGGUGAUACUACCUCAACACCAACGUUGCCUCUUGAUUUACCAAAAAAUUUAGGAGCGUUGGUACAAAAAGCAUUACUCGAUUUAAGAGAAAAUCCUAACGAUAAAUCAUGAAGUUUAUAAAACAUAUAGUUGUUGUUACUAUUUGAAUGUUUGUUCAAGAACAAAAGUUAUAUAUACUCGAAAAUCAUUGCCAAUACCAAAGCUAUUCUAAUCAAGUUAUUUUUAAAAAUUGAUCAAUGUAUAAAAUUUAAAUAUAUUGUAAAUAAUACGUUAA